UGUUCAGUUCUUCGGCCGGGGUCCUGAGAGGAACGUUGUCUCAAACAACAAUUUUCGGUCGAAUUAUUUUAUUUAGUUUCGUUUAAUUCAAUUGCCAUGUGCUUUUAAGUGGCUGUGAACCUGGGACAUCAUUUUAAUUACCAAAUUUUGGUAGGCUGUCAUAAGAAAACACUUAAGAAUUCUACUGUGAUCAAUUGAAUAUCAACCAUGGGUGUGACCGCAGGAAGUAAAAAUCCCACUAGAGAGAAUAGCUUCGAAAUGGACGAGUCGCCCCUCACAAAAUCACAGGAGUUUGAUAAAAUUGAUGUGACUGAAACGAUACCUGAAAAUGGAUUAAAAUCAAACGGAAUAUCUCCAAAGCCCGUUGAAAAAUCUCCAGUAUACCUUGAUGGUCCUGACCAGAUUUUGCCAAGCGAUGUUAUUACUACAACGGAUCCUGCGGGAUGUGUAAAAAUCGAACUUGGAACUCACGGGAUGAGUUCCGCCCCGCCAAUAUCAAUUCCUGGUUUACUUGCUCGCGCUGUGAGAAGACAUCCUGAUGGUGUUGCAUUAGCCAGCAAAAACGAGAAGAACGAAUGGGUCAAAUACACGUACAGUGAAUAUCUUCGAGAGGUCCGUACUGUUGCCAAAGCUUUCCUCAAGCUUGGCUUACAAAGGCACCAUUCUGUCUGCAUUCUUGGUUUCAAUUCACCCGAGUGGUUCAUAUCUGAUGUGGCGGCUAUUUUUGCUGGUGGUCUUGCUUGCGGUAUUUACACAACAAAUUCUGCGGAAGCUUGCAAGUAUUGUGCUGAGAAUUCUCGAGCCAAUAUAAUCGUUGUCCAAGAUAAAAAACAAUUGGAUAAAAUAUUAGCCAUCCGAAAGGAAUUACCACUACUUAAAGCUGUUAUCCAAUAUGAGGGAGAACCAACUGAUGAUGAUGUUUUAAGCUGGAACAAACUUCGUGAAAUCGGCCAAGCUGAAUCUGAUGAACAGUUAGAUUAUGUUUUAAAAACCAUGGGUGUUAAUCAAGCGUGCACUAUUGUUUACACUUCCGGAACUGUUGGAAACCCCAAAGGAGUCAUGUUGUCUCAUGAUAACAUGACAUAUGAUGCUAUGAAUGUUACUGAACGAAUUGGGGAUGUAGAGUCCGGUAAAGAAGUCGUCGUCUCCUACUUACCAUUGAGCCACGUGGCGGCCCAGAUGGUUGACAUUUACUUAACAAUGAUGUGUUCAGCUUCAGUAUACUUUGCGGAUAAAGAAGCCCUAAAAGGCAGCCUAGUUAAUGUCUUGCAAGAGGUGCAACCAACCAGAUUUUUGGCGGUGCCAAGAAUAUAUGAAAAAAUACACGAGAAAAUGUUGAGCAUCGGCGCAAGAAAUGGUGCGGUUAAGAAAUGGCUUGCGGAAUGGGCUAAGGGUCAUGGUCUAAAGCAUACCACAGACUUAAUGAAUGGAAAACCAUCGAAUACUUGGGGAUACUGGUUAUCUUCAAUGUUAAUUUUGGGAAAAAUAAGAGCAGCACUGGGUUUUACGAGAUGUAGAACUUUAGUCAGCGCGGCUGCUCCAAUCUCACCUGAUACCAAGAGUUACUUCAUGAGCUUAGAUAUGCCUAUUAUGGAAGCUUUCGGCAUGUCCGAAUCUGGCGGCGCGCACACUUUGACAGAUUAUAAUAAGUUCAACCUGAACACCGUUGGUUAUACUCUUCCUGGGGUUGAAACAAAAAUAGAUAAACCAGAUCAAAAUGGAGAAGGCGAAAUCUGUAUGAGAGGACGGCAUAUUUUUAUGGGUUAUUUACAUGAAGAGGCUAAAACUGCGGAAGCUAAAGAUGAAGAUGGUUGGUUGCAUUCUGGUGAUAUUGGAAAGAUUGAUGAUAAAGAUUUAAUGUAUAUAACAGGAAGAAUUAAGGAAAUAUUAAUAACAGCUGGUGGAGAAAAUGUACCACCAGUUCAAAUUGAAUAUUUAGUCAAAGCCGAGUUGCCACAUCUUAGUAAUGUCGUCUUGAUUGGAGAUAAAAGAAAAUUUUUAACUAUUCUAGUAACAUUGAAGACUGAAAUGGACAAAGAUUCUGGAGCACCUUUAGAUAAACUUGAUUAUUCUGUGAAAGAUUGGUUAAAAUCAUUAGGUUGCAAAGAUUACAAUACUUUAUCGGAAGUUUUGGAAGCAGGACCUGAACCAAAGUUGAUGCAAGAUAUUCAACAAGGCAUUGAUCGUGCCAAUAAACAUGCUGUAUCAAAUGCACAACGCAUUCAAAAAUUUGUUAUCCUUCCUGCGGAUUUAUCAAUACCCACAGGAGAAUUAGGACCAACGCUUAAGCUAAAACGAAGUGUGAUUACUAAGAAAUAUGCAGAUUUAAUUGAAAAAAUGUAUGCUUAACAUAUUACUUAAUUUUAGGGAAUAUAAAUUUUUAGGUAUAUUUUUUUUACCUUUUAAAUGUAUUAUAUGAUUGUUGUUAAUGUUGAUGAAAUUGUUUAUGAAAAUAAAGAUUUUUUUUAUAUCA